GACAUCAUGACCAAGCCGCCGCGUAAGGCUGAUGAAGGUUUGAUCUCUGGAUGGUUGUUCUUCCGUUACAUGGCCAUCGGUGGAUACGUCGGUUGCGCUACCGUUGGUGGAGCUGCCUGGUGGUUCAUGUUCUCCGAGACUGGCCCGCAGCUGUCGUACUGGCAGCUGACUCACCAUCUGUCCUGCCUCGGUGGUGGCGAGGAGUUCAAGGGUAUUGACUGCAAGAUCUUCAACGAUCCUCACCCAAUGACCAUGGCUCUGUCUGUGCUGGUCACCAUUGAGAUGUUGAACGCCAUGAACAGCUUGUCUGAGAACCAGUCGCUUGUCCAGAUGCCGCCAUGGUCCAACAUGUGGCUGAUUGCCUCCAUGUGUCUGUCGUUCGCUCUCCACUUCGUCAUCCUAUACGUUGACGUUCUUUCCACCGUUUUCCAAGUUACGCCACUGAACGGAGAUGAGUGGAUGACCGUCAUGAAGUUCUCGCUGCCGGUCGUGCUGCUGGAUGAAAUCCUGAAGUUCGUCGCCAGAAGGAUUUCGGACGUCAAUCCUGAUUUCCAUUAGAAAGAAGCUCCCUCCUUUUACAAUUAAAACAACAACAAAAAAACAAACACACGAAAAAAAAAAGAUCUACAAAAAACAGCCCACACACACGCGUACACACAUCCACCACACACCAUCAGUCAGAAUGUAAUAGAGGAAGUGCGUGUGAUUAAAACCCCCCACCACCCCAUAUCGACGCGCCACACACCACCUUCAUCACCUUCUCCAAAGAUCAUAUGUGUUAUGCAAACUCUGGCGGCUUCCCGACAAAAAAAAAGCUCAAUAAAAGCUCGAAUAAAAAAAAAAAACAAGUGCAGCGACAAAGAAAGCUUCAACCGCAUCUCAACCAGCUUCGAAUACCGGCCGAUCGUGCCAGCCACCCUUGUGUGCGACCCUCUGUGCUUUCUCUCCCUGUGUUUGUCCGCAUCCCGUCGAUCCUCCCGGGUGGGGGAACGAUGUACCGAUCCGACGCGUCCUGGGCAGACAGAGCAGUAGGAGUAGCAGCAGCAGCAACAGCAACAACCGCUUCAGUGACCGGUGUCCUGGGCCCCCGCACAACGCGUGUCCUGGUGACGCGCGCGCGUGUGUGCGAGCCCCUCAGUUCCGGUGGCAGAGCACACCUCUUUGCGUGAUCAAGGAGGCAUCGUUUCGACGGUUGGAAGGGGUGGGGUGGCACCAAACCUCACCCACGUCAACACUUCUUCACCCCCCCCCCCCCACCCACUCUUUGCUGCUUUCCUGUGAUCAUCAUCGUCAUCAUCAACGUCAGCAACGCUUAUCCAUGUCGGCGGCCACACAACUUAAAGCUCUUCGCGUCUUCGUGCCGUCUAUCCUGCGUGUGUGCGUGUGUUUGUAUGUGUGUGUGUACGCGCGCGAAUAGUUCCUUUCUCUCUGCUCUCCUACCCCCCUCCCCCCUCCUCCCACCCUACGGAACACCAGCCCCCUGAAGAUGUGUUUUGUGUUCGCGUUCCUUCAACAACAACAUCAUCAGCCAUCGACGGCGCGUGGUUCCACCAUAUCAAUACCACCACCCACCACCAAACCUGCUCCAUCAUUCGACCACCCACCACCAAUCUCCCUGCAACCCACCCGCACGGCAGCACGUGUGGGCGCCCAACCGAACUGGCCACAAAAAAAACACAAGUGCGUAUGAGCGAACAGAGCGAUGAGCGUGUCCUGUUAACGCCGGCCAACGAAGUCAUUAAGACCUGGGAGUAAGCAUUAGCAAAGUGUGAGGAGACGAGAGACGUACGUGUUAAGGAGACGUUUAAAGGAAGAGAUAGAAAAUAGUAGAGCGUGAGUUGUUUGAGAUAGAAAGAGAGAACUAAAGAGUGAAAAGUCUAAGGAAGAAGACCAACCGCCAACCAAACACCAGAGGGAACUGUAAUGCACCGCCGUUCGAAUGCUUUUAAGGAGCAAACAUCCAUGUCCUGAUGUGUAACUUGCAAAGUGUGUGAAAAGAAGCCAAAGACGAGAAAUAAGAACGUGCAAACGAGUUGUGAAAGAAAAAAAAACAAACACCAACAGAGAAAAGAACCCGAAAAUGUAAAGAUAAAAUAAAAAGUCGUGUGUGUGUCUUAUGUA